AUGGCCGACGAGGUCUCCGUCGGCGCCACCCAGGGCAUAAUCUGGGCCUUUGUGGCAGUCAGCACCAUAUUCACCGGCGCGAGGCUGUAUACCCGAAGCAAGAUUGUGAAUAAGAUUGGAUUGGAUGAUUAUCUGAUGGCUUUUUCUUUGUUCUGCUGCUUCCUCUUCGCCAUCCUAGUCACAGUCUCAAUCCACUGGGGCAUGGGCCAACACAGCACCCUGCUCAGUGAAGAACAAGAACGCAACGCAUUACUAUACAGCACCAUCUCCUUCACUCCGGGGAUAUUUUCGUUCACAGUGCCGAAACUGGGUGUUACCGCUUUGCUAAUUCGGAUAUUGAAUCCAACCCGGCGAUUUACGAUUUUUCUUUGGGUGCUGGUCGGAUCGAUGAGUUUGAUUAUUUUCGGCUGUGUGUUUAUCUUGUUUGCGCAGUGUUCGCCGACGAGAGCGGUUUGGACGCCAGCGAUACAUGAUCUGCCGGGUGUAAGGUGCUGGGAUCCGAGUGUGCUGGCUUAUUAUUCUAUUGGGGCAGGAGCACUGUCGGCAUUCCUAGACCUGUUCCUAGCAAUAUAUCCAGCGACGGUACUACAUAGGUUACAGAUGAAUCGGAAGAAGAAACUCGGCUUGAUGCUUAUUCUUGGAAUGGGUAUUUUUGCAUGCGCGGUGUCGAUUUACAAAGCAACUCGUCUAACCGGUCUGGACGUUCUGACUGAUUAUACAUAUACAUCCCUUGACGUCUUCCUAUGGACGAGCAUCGAAGGAAACACGAUUAUAAUAGCAGCCUGCAUCCCCACUGUCGCGCCCCUUCUCGAAACCAUUUUUGGAAAUAACAUCUUCCGCGGCCGCUCAGCCGAGCGAUCCUCCGACUACCGCAAAAAGGGGCGACAAUUUUUGGCCCAACACAACAGAGAAAACGAUAGUAAAGGUCCCAUUGUACCGCCCGCAGCAGUGGUCAGGGACAGCGCAACACAACACCGCAGUCGACAAGGCUCCUUCCAACACUUCGAUCGGAAGAGCCGCAUGUCUUCAACCUUAAUCAGCAAAAGCAGUCGCGAUUCCCACAUCAACAAGAAACAACAACUCUCCCCAACAUCACCCUCAUACUCAAACCUGCCCAGCAAAAGCAUGAACUCCAAAACAGACGUCGAAUCCCAAACCAGCAUCCUCGACUCCGAUGACGACGACGACGACGACCACAACAACCACCACCACCACAACAACCAUUUCGAAGAAGACGAGGACGAGAUAGAAAUGUCCCACAUAUCCCGACACGACUCAUUUACAAUCCGCUACGAGACCGUGACACCAGACCCCACAAAUCCGCGCAAUGAGCACAAUGUAAUCGAAGGCGGGACAACCGAUAGACACGGACGGCCAUUGUCGAUUUGGAGGAGGAGUUUUUCAAAGUAUGGGUAUCCGGGGCUGAGUGGAUAUCAGCAUCACCACCACCAUACCAACAACCAUGAGCGGAAUAAUAGUAGUGGUGAUGAGGGUGGGAAUAAGCCUGGUUCAUGA